ACUUCAACAAGCAACUCCUGCUUGCGCGCUCAAACAUGGCGAUGACAUCCAGCAACGACCAGGAGGCCACUAAUUCGAUAGACGACCGGCAACGACAACCGACCUACCACCACUACGAGAAUGCGCAAUACGCAUUACCUAAUGACUCUGCGGAGCACCAACGCUUGGAUAGGCAAGCAGAACAUUUAUCAGCCAUGAUGCAUGGGAAGAUUCUCUAUGCACCUGUCAAUGUCGCCGGCAAAGAUGUGCGCAUCCUCGAUGUUGGCUGUGGUACUGGCGUGGUAACAGAUCUCAUAUCGUCCUCAUAUCCAGAAGCUGAGUGCAUUGGUCUCGAUCUCUCGCAGGUUCCAGCAAGUCGUGUACUCAGAGCGAACACUCGAUUCUUCAAGGGCGAUUUCUGCUCGGAACAACCUUCACUGUGGACACCUACUACUGGCGGACGCCAUCUAUCUCAAUCAUCGGAGCUCUUCGACUACAUCUUCUUGAGGCUGCUCGUCUGUGGUAUGAUCAACUGGCCGGAGUUUAUCAAAAAGGAGUUCUCCUUGCUCAAGUCUGGCGGCUGGGCAGAAAUUCAGGAUCUUAACUUCGUCUGGUAUGACGGACAUGAAAACGUCAUCAGUCAAAACUGGAAAUGGCAUAACAAGCAUGAAGAGAUUUGUAAACAGAAGGGCAUGGAUCUUAAAUGUGGAUCGAAGGUCAAAGAUUGGAUGAACGAUGCUGGUUUUGUGGAUGUUCAGACGUUCGAAUAUUCUUGCCCUUCGGUGCACAAGCACAAGCGACGCCGGAGAUGCGAGCAAUGGCAGAUUACUCUGCGAGAGAGUUGCCCGAUGCUCUGUACCAUAUGUUAGAAAGGGCGAUGGGCGAAGCUGCAGAUCCCAACGAGGUUGCACAGCUACAAGCUGAGCUGAAGCAGAUGCUCGUAGUUCAGAAGGGAAUGCAUAAGAAAUUCUAUGUGACUAUUGGGCGGAAACCUGAGCGAGCAGCUUGAUGGCAGCCAUCGUAGGACAUGCCACCCGCCUCACCUGUUCAAGCUCAACAUGAACUAUAAUCCUCGCACACGACGAAAGUGUAGUCGUCCGGAUUCGCACUCACUUUACCGGCGAGGAUAGCACCACUGCAGAUAACUUUCAGGUACUGAGCUCAUCGCCAGUCAAUAUCGACAUAAUCACGAUCUG